AACCUUUGUUUUCUUCCUCUCCGCCUCCGCGGGGCCAAACUCUGCUCCAGGCUCCAGCCUUUUCUCCCGAGCGUCGUCUCCUGCCGCACCACCCAACCAAAGCGCAGGCAGUGUCUGGCUCACUCUACCAGUAGUAACUUCGCGCUCACACCGCCUCGCCAAUCCGCACCUAAAUCCGGCGUGCUGGGCGCGAGCAAGGAAGGAAUCCCAGUCGCGAGGAAGGAACCACCGGCGGCGGUGGAGAGCUCCACCGGGCUGGGGCUGCAGGAGGCCGCGGGCGGGGCUGUUCUCUGGCUUAUGCCCGGAUCUGGGGGAGAGGGACGCGCCGCGCCUCACCACGCCGGAUCCGAUGCGUUGGCGGCCGGGUGGUGAUCAGCGGUUCCAGGGUUUACAAGUAAAGUUUGCCCAACAAUUAUGAAUUAGCUACACAAUAUAAGAUGGCCACUGAAGUCAAUCAAAACUUUUUUGCAUGGUCACAGGAGGAAACUUCUGUGCAGGAUAUUUCGCAGGGAACAUCACAAGUGUUUGGUCAUGGUUCCAUAUCAUUUGGAAGAUUUGACUUGGAAUCGUUAGAAUGGGAGAAGUGGUCUGUAUUUACCAAUGACAGGCGUCAUGAGGAGUUUGGAAAGUUCAAUGGAUUAGUUGCUAAGAAGAAAGCAUACUUUGAAGAAUACUUUAAGAGGAUUAGGGAGCUCAAGGCUUUACAGCAACAGAACCAGCAAACUGAACUUCAUUUGGAGUACAGUGGUGAUGGCAGCAAUUCUAGUCAAACAGGAGAAUAUGAACCAGCUGCAGACCAUGGAGCUCCGACUGAAUCUGGAACACCUGUUGAUGAUUCCAUGGAGCAGACGACAACUGCAACCACAUUUGAGAAUGAAAUGGAAUCCUAUGGUUAUCACGAGAAUGAGAGCUUAGUUAAUGAAACUCCUGUGUCUACUCAUUCUUCACCAGUUGGUGGCUUGCAGCAAAUUGGCAAACAAAUGAGGGGAGAUGUUAGCGGCAAAGAUGCUAAUUCCAGCCAAGAUAAUCCUGGAAUGGCCCAUGAGAUUAUGAUAUCUCCUAAGAGAAUAACUGAGAAAGACUCUCGGAUUGGUCAGGCUUCAAAAAUAAUUCCAAAGACUAUCAAGAUGACUUCUAGUAAUGUUUCUGAUCACACAAUUGUUACUAAGGGACUUGGUUCAGGCAAGCCCAGUGUGAUAAACCAGAUGGUAAAGCCAGAAAGUAUCCAUUCACUGCGAAGGCCAAGAGAAGCAACCAGCAAUUUGAUUGGCACCACAGCAAGAAGUGGCAUUACAGGUUUAAGAAGACCUUCCUCAGCAGCAUCACAACGGCCCUCUACCAGAGAUCAGCGUCCUGUCACCAGAGAUGCUUCAAGGAAGCCUACUGAAGUUAUCACUCCAUGCCGGCCUUCUACUUCUGAAAGACGCCCUGCCACCAGAGAAUCGGCACUAAAGCAUGCCGGCAAUGCUACCCCACGUCGACCUUCUACCGCCGACAGGCGUCCUAUGACCAAAGAAUCAGCACCAAAGCAAUGCAACAUUGCUACUCCACGCCGACCUUCUACUGCCAACAAGCGCCCUGUCACCAAAGAGUCAACCCCAAAGCUAUCAAACACUGCUACCCCACAUCGACCUUCUACUGCUGGCAGGCGCCCUAUCACCAAAGAGUCAGCUCCAAAGCAUUUCAGCGUUGCUAGCCCACAUAGACCCUCUACUGGGGAAAGGCACACUAGCAACAGAGAUAUGGCCACAAAGCAUGUUGGUAUUUCCACCUCAUGUCAGCCAUCUGCUGUCAAACAGCACCCUAUCACUAGAGAAGGUGCACAGAAGCAUGCUGAUAUUGUCAUCCUGUGCCGUCCUUCUACUGCCGAGAGGCGCCCAAUUGUUAGAGACAUUGCAUCAAAGCAUGCCACUGUAGCUCCGCCAUGCAGGCCUUCUACUGCCGAGAGGCGCCCCAUUGCUAGAGAUGUUGCACUGAAGCAUGGUUCACCAUACAGGCCUUCUACUGCUGAGAAGCGGACCGUUGUUAGAGAUACUGAACCAAAGCAUGCUCCACCGCACAGGCCUUCUACUCCUGAUAGACGCCCUGUUAACAGAGAGACUACACUGAAGCAAACUAAUGUUGCCACCUCACGUUGGCCUUUGACUCCAGAUAGAUGCCUCACUAGAAAAGGUGACAUUUCCACCCCGCAGCGCCCUUCUACUGGAGAAAGGCGCCCUAUAGCCAACAGAAGUACAAUGAAACCAAAUCCAAAAACACCUAUCGAGUCAAGAGCAAUGGCAAGCUAUUCAAAGGGUGCUAUGGCAAAAGAAGGUACUCCUGAAAAGGCAAUGACUCCCAGCAUUGUUAAAAGUAGAAAGCUGGAAAACAUAAGCUAUGCGAAAGAAAGGGUGGAAUUUCAAGUGGAUUGGACGCAAAAGAGCCCUUUUAACUUGCCUACAAGGAAAAUGCUGACUUCCAAUGUUAGAGAUGACCGUGGCCUAGAAAAUUCCAGAAAGUCAAACAAGGAGGGUUUGCGUGAGGGAGUACGGGCUCAAGCAUAUAAAUCAAAUAACAUGACUCCUUCACCGACUGGAAGUGUAAAGACAAGGGCCCCUGCGCCUCCGCCGCCGCCACCUCCUCUGCGCCGACCAUCUUGCUUCGAGAGGAAGCUGAAUGCCAGCAAUUUGCCUGCUGUUGGAAGAAAGCCAAAGGCCUCAACUCCACACUGGCACUAACCCAGUAUCUAGGAAUGAUCCUGCAGCAUAACUCUGAAGCUGUGAAGGGAAAAUGAAGCGUCUGACGUGACCUAGAAGCCGCACCCAAGCUAGCAAUGUGGAAUGUUAUCUUUUGUAACUUACCAGUUACCACCACUCUUGUCACCUGUGUUAGAGUAACCGUAGUAGUGUAUGUAGGUACGUGUAUCAUAUCCACUAAUGUCUAAUGGCAUCGUAGUUUUUUACAUCCCGGAUUUAACUAGAACAUUGUACAUACCUGAAAUAAUUGGAGCUUUAGCUGAAGAAUAUCGACCCGGAAACUAUCCCCAGGGUUUGCAGGCAGGUAGAAUGCCGGAGCUGCCAAUUUAUUGAUCCUUUGCAGCUUUGCUAUCUGUAUGCCUGUGCUUACCCUGCACGUUUCUUGCUGAA